AUGAAGAGCAUGCGAGGUUUGAUGCACACGACUAGUGUCCAAACAACACAUGAGAACAAGACCACUUUCGCUACAACUUCUGUCGCUGGACACAAAAGGAGCUUGACGAUUGCAGGGGAAGAACAUAGAACAGCUCCGCCUGCAUCUCGCACAACGGUUCAAUUUCAACGAGCCUCUAGCCUUCCCUCGACUGCUCCUAGAAUUUCGGCGAGCCGCAUUGUUCGUCUAGAUGAGCGAGUCGGGCCCUCUGAGUAUUCCCAGAGAGUAUCCAUAGCUGCAACUCCUACUUCUUCUCGUGAUCCCGAGCUUGAUUUGAGCCAUCCUUCAUAUGACCUACCACGGCAAAUGAUAUACCCAUGGCAGAAAGCGUGCCUUAAAGGGCCCGGACUCCUGACAGGGGAGAAAAACCUUGUAUAUUGUGCUCCGACUGGCGGUGGAAAAUCCCUUGUGGCUGAUGUGCUUAUGCUCAAGAGAAUAUUGCAAGAAAAAGGGACAAAGGCCCUCCUUGUAUUACCAUAUGUUGCAUUGGUUCAAGAGAAAGUUCGCUGGCUACGUAGUGUGGUACAAGGGUUGCGCUUUGCUCCUGAAACGGCCAUCGAUGAUGACAAGCGCAUCUGGCGUCGACGGGCUGAUGAAAAUGCAGUCCGUGUCGUGGGUUUCUUUGGAGGUGGCAAAGUUAGAGCGACUUGGGCCGACUUUGAUAUUGCUAUUGACGAUUGUUCUAUCUCUAAACUCAGCGCAGUUGUACUCGAUGAGCUACACAUGAUUGAUGAUGAUCACCGCGGGUAUCUGCUAGAACUCAUGGCGACCAAGUUGCUCAGCCUCGAACAAUCUGUGCAAAUCGUUGGCAUGAGCGCUACUCUUCCAAAUAUGGACAUGAUGGCCAAAUGGCUUGGUGGGCACUGUUACGAAACUCGGUAUCGACCGGUUCCCAUUGAGGAGCAUCUCGUGUAUGACGGCAACAUUUAUCCCGCAGGUUCUACAAGCAGUCUCAUCAAGACAGCAGCACAACUCAAUAGUCGGACUACACAAACACAGGCACAGACGAAACCCAUUCGACGGAUCGAGCCUUCUAAUCACAAGGAGCUGCGCGACCCAGUGCUAAACGCAGUAGUAACACUGGCUUGCGAGACUGCUGUUGCUGGCUUCGGAGCUCUUGUCUUUGCUGGGAGUCGCGGCAUGUGCGAGUCGGAUGCACGAUGGAUUACUCGAGCCAUGCCUGCUCCGCACGAACUUAGGAUUGAUGUUGUGGAUAGACGAAUGGAUCUGCUUGGAGAGCUCCGCAGUCUCAAUACUGGACUCGAUCCAGUGUUAGAAGAAACUGUGCUUUAUGGCGUUGCAUUUCACCACGCCGGCUUAACAACCGAAGAGAGAGAUCUCGUCGCGGCGGCGCCGGCAAGAAGAGUAAUUCUUCACAACUGCCGAAUGGGACGGGACUUUGUUGGGCCAUCCAUGCUGAGGCAAAUGCGAGGGCGUGCAGGAAGGCAAGGCAAGGCUCCCAUUGGCGAAACAUACCUUUGCUGCCGAGAGAAUGAUCUCGAGCAGGUUGUAGAGCUCAUGAACGCCGAGUUGCCACCAGUCGCCAGCUGCCUGAGUACUGAGAACCGACGUAUUCAACGUGCUCUGCUAGAGGUUAUAUCUAUCCGUCUGGCAACCAGCCAUGAGGCCAUAUCGGAUUACUUCUCAAAAUCGCUGUUGAGUCAUACCCAUGACGCCCAGUUUGUCAAGAAAUGCAUAACCUCAAGCCUAGAGGAAAUAGAAUCCAUGGGUUUCAUCACUCAAGAUUCUUUGUCGAUGUUCACAGCGACACAAUUGGGAAAGGCAAUUGUGGCCUCCGCCAUCGACCCAGAUGACGGUGUAUUCGUCCAUGAUGAACUUAGCCGAGCUCUUCAGGCGUUUGUCAUGGAUGGCGAAAUGCACGUAUUAUACACAUUCACACCGGUCCAAGAGUCUGGCGUCAUGGUUAACUGGCAAGUAUUUAGAAAUGAAAUGGAAAGGUUGGAUGAAAGUGGUUUGCGGGUUUUGCGCCUUCUGGGUAUCAAGCCUACGACGGUACUCAAGCUGGCUCAAGGCGCCACGCUUCGAGAAACUACGCAAGAAGAGAAACAGGUAGCUCGGGUGCAUCGACGCUUCUAUCUAGCUCUCCAGUUGCGUGAUUUGUGCAAUGAGGUGCCCAUUCACAUAGUCGCACGCAAAUACGACGUGCCUCGUGGAAUGGUCCAAAACCUUUCACAAACUUGUCAAGGUUUUGCUGCUGGAAUGAUCAAGUUUUGUGAACAAAUGAGCUGGGGAGUGAUGGCUGCAGCUCUUGACCAUUUUUCUGAUCGUCUUGUGGCUGGUGCAAGAGCUGACCUACUGGCUUUGGCAAAGAUUCCCUUUAUCAAAAGCCGGACAGCCCGUGUAUUCUGGGAGAACGGUUUUCGUACAGUAGCAACAAUUGCAAAUGCAGAUCCUACAGAGCUGCUGCCCGUGUUGAUGCAGGCACAACCAAACAAGAUCCGUCUCAAAGGAAAGGAUGAAGAGAAAUAUGAAGAGAAGCUACUCAUCAAGGCAAAGGUUAUAGCUGACGCCGCAAGCAAAAUCUGGAAAGUGCAGAUGCAAGCGGAGAUAGAUGAGGAGUAG